AUGCAUCUCAUUUUGACUGGUGCCACGGGCCUGGUGGGCACUGCCGUCCUCGACGCUAUGAUCCGAACCAAGGACAUCACCAAAAUCUCCGUGCUCAGUAGACGGCCUGUCAAGUUCACCGAUGACCGCAUCAACGUCAUCAUCCACCAAGACUUUGCGUCGUACGAUCAUGCCCUACUUGAGAAACUUAAGGAUGCCAAAGCUGCAGAAGCAUUUCAAUCUCUCCCCUCAAAAGCCGGGACCAAGGAACCCUUCCACUUUGUCUACGUCUCCGGCGACGGCGCAACCUUUACCCCAGGACGCCUGACCCCAAUUUUCGGACGCGUCAAAGGCGAGGCUGAGCUUGCACUGGCCGAAAUGCAAAAGUCGAACCCUUCCUCGCUCAGGGCAUCCACCGUUCGUCCUUCGUUUGUCGACUGGACCGGCCAUGAGGAGAUCAAGCCUUUUCUACCAGAGAUUGGUAUGCUCAAGAGUGCUGCGGGGAGCAUCCUGUCGCCGAUGAUGAAGUAUGUGGGGAAAAGUAGAUGGAGCCCAACCGCACCGUUGGGCAAGUUCUUGACGGGGAUGGCCAUGGCUCACCCCAAAACGCGCCACCACUCAUCGUCUCAUGGUGUCGUUGUUCCCGUGAUUUGCGACAAUGCGUGGUUCACUAUAAUAUCGAGCCCCAACAAAAACGCCUUAUUUGACGUUCUUUUCCCUCUCAAGGAGGAGUUCGACAGUAACUUUUUUGACAGUUCACCGACCAUCGGACCGGGGUUCAUGGAGAUUUUUGAGUCGAAAACACCGCCAAGUAUCGACAAUCUCAGGCGUUUGCAACUCUCGAGGGAACGAAGGAAACGUAGGGCAUAUACCUUCUUGUGCUCGAGAAAGAAGGCUGCCGCCCUCGGCCAUAUUUCGGUCCCGGAACCGAUAGCGAGAGAGGACUUAGCCGCCGAAUGA